UACGAAGCUUUUUUUCUUUAUGAAUUGUGCAAUUUAUUUUCUGAGCCGCCACAUAGAACGAAAUAUCCGCGUCGCCGUUGGGGAAGAAAAGUAUGGGCGGGGUGACGUCAUCGAUCGCCGCUAAGUUCGCCUUCUUUCCGCCGAAUCCGCCGUCGUACACGGUGGCGGCGGACGAAUCGCGCGGCGGCGGAGCACUCUGCAUACCGGAGGUACCGCAGCGGGAGGGAGUCGACGCUCUGAGGCUGAAGACGCGGCGGGGGAACGAAGUCGUCGCCGUCCACAUCAGCCACCCCAAAGCCACCGCCACUCUGCUCUAUUCCCACGGCAACGCCGCCGAUUUAGGGCAGAUGUAUGAGCUGUUCGUUGAGAUUACCCUCCGCCUCCGCAUCAAUCUGAUUGGGUACGAUUACUCGGGUUAUGGACAAUCCACUGGAAAGCCGACUGAAUGUAAUACAUACGCAGACAUUGACGCUGUAUAUAAGUGCCUCAAGGAGCAGUACGGAGUUAAAGACGAACAACUAAUAUUAUAUGGUCAGUCUGUUGGUAGUGGUCCCACCAUUGAUCUUGCAUCACGACUGCCAAAUUUGAGAGGGGUUGUUUUGCAUAGCCCGAUUCUAUCGGGGUUGAGGGUAUUGUACCCUGUUAAACGUACAUAUUGGUUUGAUAUAUACAAGAAUAUUGACAAAAUUGGUGCGAUAAACUGUCCGGUUCUUGUUAUUCAUGGUACUGCAGAUGAAGUUGUAGAUUGCUCCCACGGGAAGAAGCUUUGGGAGCUUUGCAAGGUUAAAUACGAACCCUUAUGGUUAAGCGGAGGUGGCCAUUGCAAUCUCGAAAUAUACCCCGAGUUCAUUAAACAUCUCAAAAAGUUCGUACUUGCUCUCGGAAAAUCGAGGCCAGCUGUCAAUAGUACUGUAGUAACAGCAUCGUUAAAUUCAGACAGUACGGAUAAAUCUGCUGAACAAAGCACUACUACCGCAGAUGCACCGGAUAUUCCGGAAAUUUCUAGAAACAGUUUGGAUAGCCGACUUGACAAGUCAAAGAAGUCGACGAGCAAGCCGGAAAAAUCUAGAAUGAGUACUGACGAAGGAUUCAGGAGAAAAAAAGGCUUGAUCUGGUGAGGUUAUUAAAUAUUAUGUGGAUAGACACCCGAGUUUGUUUCGUAAAUUAAUUAUUUAGUAAGUUAAAUCAUAUUUGCUCUGUCCCUGAGAAGAUAUUAACGAAUUUGUAUUAAAUUGUAAAAUAUUUGUAUUAUUAUCAUUAGAUGUGACGAUUUUGUAAUUUGAGCUAUUUCGAAUCUGUAUAUUUUUGUAAGUGGAGUAAAAGUCCCUAAUUUCAACCGA